AUGGCUUGUUCUACCACACACAGCCAGGAAAAUACAUCCUCAGGAGACUCGGAUGAUGAGCUAUUUUUUGUUGGGGUGUCAUGUAUCUCAAAGCAAGCUUGUAUGAACCUUAGAGACAAAACAUGUUCGAAAGCCAAAGGAGAGAGGAAGCCUGUGAAAAUCCGCCCACCUAGUCCUUUUUUACCACAGCCGAGAGCAACAGGCCGCAGUUUCUCCUGUGAACCUCCGCCCAAGCCAAUCAUCCAGAGACGCGCCCAGUCCCUACCCUCACCUUCAGAAAGGCGGAGGCUCAGUCGUAGAAUUGGGGUCCGGUUUGUGGACUCGCUGGGAAUGGAUCUAGAAAAUGUUAAGGUGUUCCGAAGUGGAGAAGAUCCCUUUAUACCGGAACAUGUUUUGUUUCGACUUUUGAUGAAUUCAGAACUAGCAGCCAACAAGAGCUUGGAGAUUUCUCUACCCUAUUUGAAACCAGUUUUUCCCAAGCAACCUGGUGAUUGUUCCACCUUUGUGAAAUGUUUGUGCAACCAGCAAGUGUGCUUGGAACGUGUUUUAUGCUAUGAGCCGGGCAUCAUCGGGAUUGUCCAAGUGGUCAACCUGGCCUUUGAGAAAGAGGUUAUCGUUCGUUACUCUUUCACAAACUGGAAAAGCUGUGCAGAGACCAAGGCUUACUGGAUUGCCAAUAAAUACUUGGAAGGCCUUCCCAGUGGAUGUAGCUCUGACAGUUUUCGGUUCCAUCUUCCAGUUCCACCAUUCAUCCUACACCCUGGAGCAGUGCUAGAGUUUGCAAUCUGUUAUAAAGUGCAGGGAACCCAGUUUUGGGAUAACAAUGAGGGGCAAAAUUACAAGCUCGUCUGCCAGAGCUACAAAAUCCCUGUGCCAAAAGAAUGUGAAGAUAGCAUGAUACAUUUUGUCUGAACAGAAUUUUUCAAGUUACAAUGUUGUCAUUAUAACACAUCUCUAAUAUUAGGGCUGUCAAUGGUUUUAAAUAUUUAAUCGCAACUCGAUCACACUUUUUUAUUUGUCCUAAAUGUACUCUAAAUUAAAUGUUUCGACACAGGCGGUUUUAAUUGUCGGAUGUGUGCAUCAUGGCGGAUUUUGGUGCUUGAUCUGAGACUUGUCACAUCAGUAAAACAAAUGUUUAAUUAAGUUAUAAAAGAAAUAUUUAGUGGAGUUUUUUUAUCUGAGUAAAGAAAGG